UAGGGAGACAAAUAGCAACAGGCGCUACUCCCCACCGAGCCGCACACUGUGUGCCCCCUUAUCCACAACAUCCCCAUUCCUUCGCUGGCCAGUCCACUGCCGCUCGGCCGGCUCGUCGGCUAGGCCGCCGGUGAGCAGAGCACACACAGUUGCGCCUCGGCCUCUCCUCGUUCCGGUGCUCUCCAUCUCCUGCCUGACCUCAGCUCCCUCCGUUUUUUUACUCUGUGCAGCGCCACCAUCGGAGCUUCAUGGCCGCCGGCACCUUCAACCGUUGCCACACACCGCCUGGGCUUGCCCACCUCCCGAACCAGCCGGCAAACGGACGGAUCCGUCUUCCCCGUGUCCGUCCUAGGCCUCUCUGCCUUGCCGGAGUCGUCAAGGCGCCGGCCCUCGUCCACCAAGUCAACUGCAUCGCACCCCUGCUUCGUCUCGGGAGGAGCAGCGAGCCAGCGCCCACCUCUGCAUCGAGCACUGCUCAAUCCGGCCGCGACGCCCAAGGCCCAGUCCGCCGCCGCCUUGCUCCGCCUCCGGCCUCGCCGGCCCUCGUCCACCAAGUCAAAUGCAUCGCAACCCUGCAUCAUCUCGGGAGGAGCAGCGAGCCAACGCCCACCUCUGCAUCGAGCACUGCUCAAUCCGGACUGGGACUGCGGGUGAAAUUUCCGAUAAACUGAAGGGCUUUUUUGCAAAAAAAAAAACACAACGACGGACGACAGAAACGCUAGCCGCUUUAUUAUUAGGUAGAGAUAGUGAGUAUUUUGCAACGACGGUACAAUGUGCAAAUCAAUUAUCUUUGUCCCUGCAACUGCGCCGGCGCACCGGUCCAACAGUUGGGCCGGUCGAGGCCCAGCCGUCCGAUGCGGUUUGCAUGGACCGUUAGAUCUGCGCGCAUACACAGACUGAAGCAACCGUUGCAGCAAAAAAGAACAGUUUUGUUGCGACCGUGUACGAACAGGCACAAGAAGAAAAACAGGGAGUUGGAUCCCCCGCGACUGACCGUCCCCGAUCUGCGGCGGCGGUGGCUAGAUCCGCCUGUUAUUCGUUCCCUGCGGCCGAAUCACGUCGACGAGGAGCUCCCCCACCUAUCAAGCCGCCUUGGGAUUGCUUCAAUCAUGUCUUACAUACGUCAUGACCUCCUUGCCGCCAUGGAUUUGGGCUCGAGCUCCGUUACGGCCGGUCGAGGUUGCAGCUCGCCGCGAGCCCGUAGCAGCUCGCCGGCGACCGGUUGCAGCAUGCACCCCUGCCCCCCGUGCUGGAUCUCGCCGCCAGAAUUCACGGAAACCCGUGCUGGGUCGCAGCUCAGCCAUGAUGGAUGUAGCAAAACAUUAUGCCGGUUGUAGCAAAAAACGAUGCUAGUUGUAGCAAAACCGCGACGCCGGCUGUGUGUUGUAGCAAAACGUGACGCUAGUUGUAGCAAAAUGCUAUGCCAGUUGUAGCAAAAAUCUAUGCCGGUUGAAGCAUGUAGCAAAACUGCAGCAUUUUAUCAUCUUCUUCCACCUUCAGCCGUCGCUGGUUGAAGCUUUCUUAUUUUCAUAGUGUCUAGUUGUAGCUUUCUCUCUCAAUGGUGGGAGCUUUUUCCAACAACCGUUGAAGCUUUUUUACCAAAAGUUGUAGCUAUUUUCUUUUUAGCAGCACUUGGUCAAGGUUUUUUGUGUCGUUUCGGUUGAAGCUUUUUUAAUCGAAGGAUGUAGCAUUUCAUGUCAACGGUUGUAGCUUUCCGGCGAUGGCGCUGACCGCUUGUAGCUUUCUCUACAUCCGGUUGAAGCUUUUCAUCUAGGGGAUGAAGCUUUUUUUUAAACGGUUGCAACAUGAGGGGGUGCGACGAUUCUGCAGAAGCCUCCGGUGUCGACCAUCGCCGUCCGGCUCGUCGGCGGCGAGGCAGAAGCACGAGACGUGUGGGAGUUGCAACCGCCGGGGAUGGGGAUUGGUCAACGGGCUGCAUCCAAUGGCGAAACGGGCUGUAAAGCAUGGCGGGGUGAGAUCGACAUCCAUGGACCCGCGGGGGAUUCGACCUUCCAUGGCCGACGGCGAGAUGUGGGCGCCGGCGCUGCAGGAGAUGAGGAUGGGGACGAGAUCCGCGGAGCUGCGAGACAGGAAUGAGGCGAGAUUCGCGAGAUCCGCAGCGCCACGUGGUUGCUCGCGACUGGGUUGCGGCGUGCGCGCGUGGACUGGACCGGCCGAAGCUUCGGCCGGUGCCCCGGCCCCAAACGUUUUCCAUUUUUUUAUCUUUGUCUCAAAAAUACAAUUAAACGAACCAACCGACAAAAUGUCCCAAGUCUCGUCGUUGUUGUUUAGACUUCAGUUCAGGCCGAAAGACGAAUUGGACCAGCUUUCAGUUUACUGUAGAAGUCGCCGGUGGACUCUCAGUCUUUCACGAGUACAGUCACAACUCACAAAUACUCCUACCACCGAGGGUGAAGCCGCGAAGGGCAGGCGAACCCAGCGGCAUCGAUGCGAAAGGCGGCGGCGUUAGCUGCUGUGGCGGUGGUCGCGGCCGCAGCUGCCAUCGCCGUGCGCCAGAGGCUGCGGGAGGCGAAGCGGUGGGCGCGCGUGGCCGCCGUGCUGUCGGACCUGCAGGAGCGGUGCGUGGCGCCGGCGGCGCGGCUGCUGCAGGUGUCGGACGCGAUGGACGUUGAGAUGCGCGCGGGGCUCGCCUCCGAGGACGGGAGCAAGCUCAAGAUGCUCGUCACCUACGUUGACUCCCUCCCCUCCGGGGAUGAGAAAGGGCUAUUUUAUGCACUUGACCUCGGAGGAACAAACUUCCGUGUUUUACGAGUUCAAUUAGGGGGCAAGGAACAGCGAGUUAUCAAGCAAGAAUCUGUAGGGGAACUAUUUGAUUUUAUCGCCGCUGCUUUAGCAAAGUUUGUUGCCUCUGAGGGUGAAGAUUAUCAUCUUCCGGAGGGCACUCAGAGAGAACUCGGUUUUACAUUCUCCUUUCCAGUGAAGCAAACUUCAAUUUCAUCCGGCACACUUAUCAAGUGGACAAAGGGUUUUGCAAUUGAGGAAAUGGUUGGCAAGGAUAUCGUGGCUGAAUUAAACGAGGCUAUAAAACGUCAAGGACUUGUUAUGAAAGUCUCAACAUUGGUGAAUGAUACCGUUGGGACUCUGGCUGCUGGGAGGUAUGUAGAUAAUGAUACUAUGGUUGCUGUAAUACUGGGAACUGGUACUAAUGCAGCAUACAUAGAGCAUGGAGAUGCCAUUCCUAAAUGGCAUGCUCCCCUGCCCAAGUCCGGAGAUAUGGUAAUAAACAUGGAGUGGGGAAAUUUCAAGUCCGCUCAUCUUCCACUCACUGAAUUUGAUCAAGCUUUGGAUGCAGAGAGUUUGAACCCCGGAGAACAGAUUUAUGAGAAGUUGACCUCUGGUAUGUAUAUGGGGGAAAUUGUCCGAAGAAUCUUGUUACAGAUGGCUCAAGAAGCUGCUCUCUUUGGUGACAAUAUACCUCCAAAACUAGAGACCCCAUACAUUCUAAAGUAUGUUGUUCCAGUUAUCCAUUACUUUAUCAUGCAAAAAAAAAAAUACUUCUCCUGAAUUGCUUACAGCUGUGCUUAGUUGAGUUUAUUGAUUAACUGUAGUUAUUAAUCAUAAAUAAAACUGUAAACAAGCUCCCAACUGAACUGCCGAGCUGAAUGGCAGCAAGAAGAAAAAUGAAGAGCACCUUAAAGAAGAAAAUUGUGUCCUUAUAUUUAUUGUGUUAUGGAUAUGCUACUAGUGAAACUACAGUCAGUGUGUUUUUGUCCGUGAAAUGGCUAGACUAGAAGCCCUCUGGCCAAAAAUAUCUUGCUAGCCAAUCCCUCUCAGAGUAUAUCCUCAGUUUUUGAUCCAGCAUGCAGUGCAAACUUUGCAGCGUAUGUCGUGGUUCUAAGUCUGACAGUAGAAUGGGGGUAGGUAUGGAGAGGCAAGAUCCUAGCUAUGGAGUAGUUGUACACACGAGUGUUUAGCGAGUUCAGGCCCUUCUCGGAGGAAGUAACAGCCCUACGUCUCGGAGCCCGGAGGCGGUCGACUGAUUUCUGUGUAUAUGAGUUACAGGGGUGCGAACCCUUCUACCAGUGGAGGGGGGUGGCUUAUAUA